AAACACGCGCCACAUAAAUACAAAAAUUAAAGAAGAUAUUAUUAUAUUCGUAAUUGAAUGAAGAAGAAAGAAUGAAAAUGAUUAUGGAAGAUUACUCUUUAUCCAAACACUGUCUUCAUUGUAAUUCUUUACUUCGCUUUUAAACUACGUGCGUUUUUCUUUUCUCAGUUACGUUUCGUAUCUUUUGUUUUCUUCACUUCAGCGUUCAAAUUAUUUCGUUUUUUUUCUCCUUCUUCUCUUUUCAGAUUAUUGCUUAUGAAUGAACUUUAAAGUUUGAGGGUUUGUUGUGUAAUGCCAAUCAAUAUACAACCAAGUAAUGAAUUUAUGAUACCUUCUGAGGAUAUGGUAUUUGGUUUAGAAUUCAAAAAGCUCGGCUCAAAACGGUAUAGCAGUUCAAAGACAGAUAAAGAAAGUUCUGCAUUGCCACAAGUACAUCAAAGUCCGAAUCCGAAGAGUGCGGAUAAGUCAAGGUCAAAGAGUGGUGUUGGUCCUCAAUGCAGUGAUCUCAAACAGAAGGCAAAGCAGGAUGCAGAAGGAAAUAUUCGGAACCGGGAAACUGCGAAGAGAAGUGGAAAUGAUGGUGAUGAGCUUGUCAAGCAUAUGUCUAAUUUGCCAGGUUAUCUACUGCAUAAUGAUAGAGUGGAAAAUGUUCAAGAGAAAGCUUUCAAUGUUGGUGUUUUAGAUUGGUCUCGACUUGAGAACUGGAAGCACAAGCAUAUACCAGAUGAUCUAACUAGUCGUUUCACACCAUUCAAUAGAGGCGAAUCAUCAUCAAGAGUAGCCACCAAAUCAAAAUCAUCCACCAGUGCCAGUGGCAGGGAAAAACUUGAUGAUAAGAAAGGUUCACGACGGAUCAGACCGAAUAACAGGGAAGCACUUCCACAAAGUAGCAAACUUCCCUCUGAGAAUGUCAAACGGUUUGAAUCUUCUAGAAGUGGAUCCAAGAGGAUAGGAAGUGAGAAGACGAGGAAUGACAAUAUUAAAAGAACUUCAGAUGUUGGAAAUUUAGCAUCGAACUCAAGGCCACGCAGGAUCUCGUCUUCUGUUCCUAAUGAAAAUAAAGAUGAUGAAGCUAACCAGAAAAUGGAGGGUUUGCAAGAACACACCCAGAAGAAAAUAGAGAGAAAUCAUAAGUUCAUCUCUGAUAUGGAACAGCGAACAGAAAAAUCAAAAAGCAAAGGGGUCUCAUUCAGUUCUAAGAAAACGGGUUCUGGUGACUGCGAAUCCAGUCAAAAGGUGAAUCAGUUGCCGGAGUCAGGUUUUGAUGAUAGCUGUAAACAUAGCCAUAGCAAGCCAAGUAAUAUUGUGUUGCUUUAUCCACAUGAUAUUCCCGACUCAAGUUCUUCAGAUGAUUUUCGGCUUUCGGAAUUCCAAACAUCAUCCGAUGAAAAUCAUCCAGAAUCAAGCCGAAGUAGUCUGUCGUAUGUUUCUAUUCCAGAGGAGGUUUACGUUGACAAUGUUUGUCCUGAAAUCGCACUUUCAAAUCGAUGCCGUUCUGCGAUUGAUCGUACUUCUUUUUCUGGACCAAUGCAAAACAGUGUUAGUACUGAUCUCAGUAUGAACCGUUCUUCUGCAAUUUCUGAGAAGUCUGCUUCCAAAAUAAAUAAGAUGUCUGGUCUGCAAUCAGAAGCUGCUUGCUCUGAAAAGGAUGUGUUAGACAAUAGGUUGAGCAAUCAGUCUGCUUUUAAUAAUCUGAUUGAAUCAUUAGACCAAGAAACUGCUGAGCUGACUUCGCAGAAGAGAUCAAAUCCAUCUCACAACCGUCGGUUUAGCUUCAGCUUAAGUCGAAUUGGCAGAAGUUUCAGUUUUAAAGAAGGCCCUGCAGCUUCACAAUUUAGUUCUAAGUUUGUCUCUUCAAAGUCAGGUCCAGUGACUCCUGAAUCUUCCAGGCGUUGGGAUAAUUCAAGCAAAGAAAAGGCAAAUUGUCAGAACCGAACAAGAUCAAGCCCUCUUAAGAGGUUACUAGAUCCUAUAUUGAAACAUAAGGCAUCAGGCACAGAUCAUUCAGGUGAAAGUAGUCAGAAACAAAAUAGAAGCACAGAUUCAACGAGUUUGAGGAGUAUCGGUGUAAAUGAAUCACUGCAGGAUGAAAAGAGCAAGGUAUCAUCAAUCCAAGGUCUCUUGCAGAUUACAAUAAAAAAUGGAAUGCCUUUGUUUAAGUUUGUGCUCAACGAUGAAAGAAAGAUUUACGCCGCUACCAAGAAUAGUUUAUCAUCACAUGAGAAAAAUGAUUUAGGCUGCUGUUUUACAUUCUAUAUUGUUAACGAAAUUAAGAAAAAGAGUGGUGGAUGGAUGAGUCACGGAAAUAAAGAAAAAAGUUGUGGCUAUGCAUACAAUGUUGUCGCUCAGAUGAAAUCUUCUACCUCCAAAUUCACUGAAGCAGUGAAUCAGAACUCCAAGAGACAGCAUAUGGUUAAAGAAUAUGUCCUAUUGGGUGUUGAAAUCAACCAGACAGAUCAAGGACCGCCAAAGUUCAUCCCGACCAUGGAGCUUGCUGCUGUUGUUUUUGAGACCUCAUGUGGAAAUUCAAGCAACGAACAAUUGCAUGGUGAUAAUGAUAUUAUGAAGAAAGGAGAAAAUGAUAGUUCUACUGUUAUUCUUCCAGGUGGUGUACAUGGUUCACCAAACAGAGGUGAACCUUCAUCGUUAAUCCAUAGAUGGAGAACCGGGGGAUUAUGUGAUUGUGGUGGUUGGGACAUAGGUUGCAAACUGCUCGUGCUUCGCGAGCAGAACCUGAGUUCAAACAUUCCAAGAAGUUAUAAACCUUACCAGGAUCGUUUCCAACUUUUUGUUCAGGAAGGAUCUGAGAAUGACGCACCCCUUUUCACUUUGUUGCCGUUGAAUAAUGGAUUCUACUCAGUUGAAUUCAGUUCAACAAUCAGUCAUUUGCAGGCAUUCUUCAUAUCCGUUUCAUUGUUAAGCUGCCAGAAACAACCAGGUUCCUUGGAAAUGAGUAGCAUGAGUGAAGAGACCCUUAAGGAACCAAGUUCCAAUAACAACAGCAGAAGACUUCACGGGAAAGCACCUAUAAAAUAUACACCAAUUCCACCUCUUUCCCCUGUUGGCAGAGUUUAAACUUAGAAGAGGUUUAUAUUUCUUCAUAGUUAUUAGUUGUUAAGAUCUUCAAAUAGUUGAGGAAUAGCUAGUUAAUGGCAUUGCAAAAACAUUAUAAAUGUUGUUCUUGCAACUUGAUUUUUUACACUUAUCUUAUACCACUUAAGUCUAAAGAGUGAAACUUUUGUUUCAAAUUUUUCUUCUAUUUCACCUUCAUACAUGCUGUCCAGUAUAGCAAUAGUCCAUGGAAUUAGAAUACCAGUUGCAGAAAUCUGGAUGCUGGUUCCACUCUUAUUCAUUGUACAAAACAUAAUGUCAAUAAAUAAAAACAGCAGAGUUAUCUAUC